GGUAACGGAAUCAUAAUAAUAGAGCAAUUUUUCCUGCACGAUUUGAAGUCCCACAAAAGAACUGGUCCUGUGAAGACAAUAUGGCGACUCGUAGUGUAAAGAAGAGAGGAGAACGGAAGGCACAGGAGACGCCAUUUUAUCUCCUGCCCGAUAAAGUCCUAGCCAGCUCUCAGAUAAUAGAUGAAGCAAGAAGAUCACUCCAUGCUGUACCAGUCAGGAGGCCAUUCACUCCAGCAACUGAUGGGAGACACUUGUUUAGUGGGAAUAGAAGGAGCGUCCUGAGUAGAAGCAAUGAAACUGAUAGAGAGGGCAGACCUCCUUCAGUGUUUAGUAUGAGCUCCAGUAAGUAUUACAAUGAAGAAAUGACUAGUCGUCCCACCAGUAAACAAAGACUAUCACCAAUCAUUAACGAAGAUCUAUUAUUGCCACAAGCUCCAGCUCCAUCAUCAACUGAUAUCAGUCUACAACCAUCAGUAGCAUCGCUUUCCCCUCCUCCUCCUCCUCAUUCCAAGCCCUCCCUCCCUGAACUAAAGGCCAGUAGCUCCUCACCACCAACCAGUAGAAGUAGAAUAACUCGAUCAGCUGGCAAAGAGAGAGAGAGAGGAGCAAUGGAGACAAAACGAUACAAUUCUGGCGAUUCAAGCAAAAGAAAAAAUCAUACAAACGACACUUCAUCACUUACUAAUGUAGCCACUGAAAGAACCAAUAAAACUGAAGAGACUAAAAUUAAAGAAAGUACUACAGCAAGGACAGCUCCUACUGAUAAACCUGUAGCAGCAAGAGCACACACAGGACAAAUAUGGGAGGUUGAACUAAAACCAUUACUGGAUAGAUUAGACCCAAAGGCUACUACCAGUAGUAGUGAUUCACUGCUCAUUGAUGCAUGUACUGAAGUGUGGGUACUAUUGGAGAAGCACUCAUUACUUGGUAAAGGAUUAGGAGGAAAGAGGAGAAGUGCAUUAUUGAAGAGUUUGUUUGCUUUACUGGGACACAAGGAACCAAAACUACUACUGAUACUAGCUAAAAUAAUAUUAGCUUUGCAAGUGACUGGUAGCAAUUUACUUAAUGUCAGUAAACUGAUCUUCUCAUUAAGCAGAGAUGAAAAUAAUGAUCAACUAUUUUGUAAAGAAAACAUUACAAUUCAUAUUCUCAGUGUCCUCUCCUCGAUUGAUCCAGUAGUUCAUCAUGAUACGUUAGUGUAUCUGUUAGGAUCCAUUAAACUCUUAGCUAGUAACCCACAGCUACGUGAUGAGCUAAUUCAACACAACUGCAUUGAAACCAUAGCUCACUGCUUGAAGAAAUGCACUGAAAUUGUUGUCUCUAAUGAUACUAACAGUGUGAGGACUGCUGAUGUACUAGUGCAGUUAAUAUCAGGGUUACGCAAUCUCUCUGAUUCAGUGGUAGUAUAUGAUCAGUUCCUCGCUCACUCCAUUCCUCUCUACAUAUCACUGAUACUGCAACAACACAUCAAUAACACUGAACUAGUCUUCAAUAUAUCAAGACUACUGAGUAAGCUCUCAUUAGUGGACAGGUGUUGUACAGCUAUUGGAGAGAUCAAACUAUGCACUUCAUUACUACCAACUGCACUGACCACUCACAUACAACAAGAGGAUAUUGUAUUGAGAGUGUGUUUCAUAUUAAGUAACAUAUCAACAGUGGCUAGCAAUGCAUCAGUAUAUACUGACCAGUCAUUAAUAAAGGCAUUGGAACUAUUACUGAAUCAUUAUACUCAAUCAUUAUCUGAUGGAGGAAGAGAAGAAGGAGAUAGUACUAAAACUAUUGAUGUGUUGAUAAAGUCUGUGAGUCUAAUUGCUAAUAUGUCAGUUCAUUCAAGUUUUGCUAACGAAGUGAACACUAACCAAGAAAUAAUGAACCAAUUAAUAGCUAUACUAGAAUUAAGUGAUACCAGUAGUGAGGAGCUAACAGUCAAUACAUUGACAGCUAUUAACAAUCUAUCAUUCCAUUCACAAGAUGCAGUUCUACAAUAUAAGCAACAAUUAAUACAAAUCAUAUUACAGUAUUUGGUUCCUGAUAGUCAGAGUGUAAUGUUGGAGUCAAUACGAGUACUGGGUAAUCUCACCAGAGAUAAAUCAGUGAGAGAUUUAAUAUCAGACAUGAGAAUUGAUGAGAUAUUGUUGACGUUAUUAGAUUCAAAGCACGUUGAGCUGGUCUAUGCUGUGUGUGGUGUACUGGUUAAUGUGACAAUGGAGCCUGGAGGACAAUGUAUACAUGUAUUUAAGAAUAAUAAUGGAGUGAAAAAGUUAUUAGAUGUUUUAAGUCAUUUCAGUAGACAAGACUGGCUACUAUCAAGUCUAGCAUGUAAAGUACUGUGGAACUAUAGCGAAGGAAUGACUAACAUUAAUGAACAUUAUACUGAAGAGGAAGUGAUUACCUUGUUUCAUUUACUGGAGGAAUAUUUAGAUCCAGCUACAGCAUUCUUUGAUUGCAUGAAUGACGAGGAGGAGGAAGAGGUGACAGAUGAUGUUUCUGAUAGACUAUGGACUAACGAGUUUGUGCCAGUAGCAACACAAAUAAUAACAAAACUACAACAACAACAACGUUUGGUCACGUGACAUAUAGCAAACCGACCAAUGAAAUAAAUUUGUAUAUAGAAGUUUAAAUUUAUUUAUAAUUAUUAAUAAAGAUACUUUUUGUGAA